AUGACUCCAGGGCGUGCGCAGCGUGCGCGUAUAUUCAAUGCGCGGACGCGUGCAUCGCGAGAGAAGAAGCGUCUUAUGGAUGAGCGCGAUAUUGAAGACCUAAAUCGCGCGUGUGAGAUAUUGGAACUCAAGCCCGAAGAUGAGACGUUUUCUGUCAUACCAUUGUCGUCGCGCACACGACAAGGAUUAAAGCGUGCGGGGUUUAUUGACAUGACACCCAUUCAAAAAGCCUCUUUACCGGCCUCACUCCGUGGACGCGAUGUAUUAGGCUCCGCUCGUACAGGUUCCGGCAAGACACUGGCUUUUUUGAUCCCGGUCCUGGAGCGACUUUACCGUCAGCGCUGGUCCCAUACGGAUGGACUCGGUGCGCUUGUUGUGUCGCCAACGCGUGAGCUGGCGAUGCAGAUCUUUGAUGUUCUGCGCAGCAUUGGCGGGUCUCAUACGUUUUCAGCUGGUUUGGUAAUCGGCGGCAAGGACCUUACGCAUGAACAGGAUCGGUUACGCAAGAUGAAUAUCCUUAUAGCCACUCCGGGUCGCCUUUUACAGCACCUGGAUCAGACUGUUGGCUUCGAUGCAUCAAAUUUGCAAGUUCUUGUUCUGGACGAGGCUGACAGAAUUCUUGAUAUGGGCUUUGCUAAUACACUCAACGCAAUCUUGGAGCACUUGCCCUCUAGUCGGCAGACAUUGUUGUAUUCGGCCACCCAGACGCGGCGUGUGAAAGACCUGGCGCGCUUGAGUCUGUCGGAUCCGGCGCUGAUUACUGUACAGGAUCCAGAUGCGACCGAUCCCACAUCAUCCUCGUCUUCGUCCUCGUCAACGCCGAGGCAUCUAGAGCAAUUUUACAUGCUCGUUGACUUGCCACGGAAACUUGACAUGCUCUUCUCUUUCCUGUGCUCGCAUACCCAGUGCAAGGUGCUGGUGUUCAUGAGUUCUUGUCGCCAGGUCCAAUUUGCACAUGAGGUGUUUUGUAAGCUUCGUCCGGGACUGCCUCUGCUUGCUCUGCAUGGCAAACAGAAGCAGCCGCGACGCCUCAAAAUCUUCGAUGAGUUCCGCCGCAGUAAGCAUGCAGCUUUGUUCGCGACCGACAUUGCUGCACGUGGAUUGGAUUUUCCCGCUGUCGAUUGGGUCGUGCAAGUCGAUGUGCCUGACAGUGCAGAUACCUACAUUCAUCGUGUGGGUCGGACCGCGCGGUAUCAUGCUCAUGGGAAAGCCCUGCUUUUUGUUUUGCCCACCGAGCAAAACGGCAUGCUGGCAGCCUUGGAGCGAGUACAUGUUCCGAUCACGGACAUUAAGGCACGCGAUGCCAAAUUGCAAAGCAUCUCGCCUCAGCUGCAGGCGUUUUUGUUCCAAGAUGUCGAACUCAAGCACCUGGCUCAAAAGGCAUUCGUCUCCUACGUACGUUCGGUGCACCUGCACAAAGAUAAGACUAUGUUCCAGGUUGCUGCUCUUCCGUUGAAUGAAUUUGCGUCUUCAUUGGGCUUGCCUGGUGCACCGAAGAUCAAAUUUGUUCAGGAAGCGCGAGCCAAAGCGGCAGCUCAAGCUGCGAAGGAAGCGAAAGAAGCACAGGAAGCCCACACUGCCAGUAGUGAUGAGCACGAUGCCGUUGAUGACGAGGACGUACACGAUGGCAAGGGACACUCACGCACCGCAAGUGAACCUGCUCGUGUGCGCACAAAGCACGAUCGCUUGUUUGGUCGGACGAAUCAGACGGUUCUGAGCAAGCACUAUGCGUCGAUGCUGGCGAGUGACAGCGAGGAUGACUCUGACGCACAGCGCGACCAUGAACUUGGUGAUACCCCGGAUGAGAACGACGACUUCCUCACAUUGGCGCGUGCAGAUCACGAGCUGGACGAGCCGCCCACCGACGAUAUGCCGUCGCACCACCUGUCGAAGCGGCAACUGCAGCGCGGCAUGAGCAAGAAGGCCAUGGCAUCCGCUGGUUUGCGUGGUGCAGGCGAUCGCAUAGUGUUCGAUGACGAUGGGCAUGCACGCUCAGUGUAUGAAAUCCAUGAUGAAGAUGCGUUCCGAACCCAGGGCGACGUGGGUGCACAGAUCAAAGAGCACGAACAAGCUGAAAAGACACGUAUGGCCGAGGCGGAUGUUUUAGACAAGGAGCGCGCCAAGAAGAAACGGCAAGAUCAGCGGCGGCAUAGAAAAGAAAUGGAGCGUUUACUGGCCGAACAACAUGGGACUCGCGCGCCACGCACGGCUAUGUUGCCAAGUGAUGAUGAUGAAGAUGAUGGAAUCGACGAUGGCACUCAUAUACCAGAUUUGAGGUUGCCUGGUGAUGACGACGAGGACGACGAUAACCCAGAGGAUUCUCAGCCGCGGAAACGUGCUAAGACCGAACCAGAUCUUGCCUCGCAAGAAGAGCUUGCCUUGCGCUUGUUGGGAGCUCAGGCGUGA